GCGUAACCCAAGCUUGUAAUAUUUUGAAACACCAUUCGCCUGACAACACCCACAGUACUUGUAUUUAACGCUGCCAUUGAAACAAAUGAACAGGGUGUUGUUCUGAAACUCCAGCACACAAUAAGUCAUAAUAAAGAGCGUUGAAUCAGAUACUGAUUCAACACGACACUGAGGGACUUCAUCUUUGUCAGGUACUAGGUCAGUGUCUGCUAUACUGUGGGAUAGAUGUACAGUUUGUUGUUUCGCGGACAACAGCAGGGCCGCAAGAGCACUGGACCUGGAUAGAGCGUCUGAGUAUAAAAGGAGAGAAGUACUGAAAUCAGCAGUUGGAGGUCAUUCAAGGCUUGGGAGGCGAGGAAUUAUCACUGCACUGACAGGAUGGCUCAGUUGUUGUGGGUAUUUCUUGUUCUCGCUGUAACGAUUAGAGAUGCAUUGCCGCAAAGGAUCAUCGGAGGUCAAGAGGUCGUGCCUUACUCUGUCAAAUACCAGGCGUCCCUUCAGGUUGACAGGAAGCAUUACUGUGGAGGAACCCUCAUUCAGCCUCAAUGGGUGUUGACUGCUGCCCACUGCUGGAGACCGGCCAGCGUGAUUCAGGUGGUGUUGAGUGAGCACAACCUUGCUGUAGAAGAGGGAUUUGAGCAAGUAUAUAGCGCGUUAAGAGUCUACAGUCACUUUGCCUACAAUCCAAAAACGUUUAACAAUGACAUCAUGCUCAUUAAGCUCACUGUUCCAGCCCAGAUUAACGCUAAUGUUCAGCCAGCCCCACUGCCAACAAUAGACACUCCUGAACUGGCUGGAAGAACCAGCUGCACUGUGAGUGGAUGGGGAGUGACGCGAAUAUACAGCUUCUAUCUGUCACCAAUUCUGCGUGCGGUGGAUGUGGAGAUCAUGAGCAACUGCCAAUACUACUACUACUCCAGAGUCAACGAAAACAUGAUUUGUGCGGGCUCUCGCUUCGGGGGAAAAGACGCCUGCCAGGGAGAUUCGGGCGGUCCUCUCAUUUGCGAUGGGUAUUUAGAAGGCAUUGUGUCUUGGGGAAUCGGCUGUGCUCUUCCGUACUAUCCUGGCGUCUACACAAAAGUGAGAGUAUACAACCGUUGGAUCGACUGGAUCAUCAGCUCUGACAGCUAAAAUACAGGUUUAACUGAAUGUGAGAGGGUUUUGCUUUAAUCUGAAUUAAGAAAAGGAUGUAAUUUAACAAUAAAUCCUAUUUCAAGUACUGAUUCUUUCACAUUAUUGCAUCCAGUGUCUCAAAAAUGAUAGGUUAACUUGCAUAUUUUGGACUGUAAGAAAGCAAUGAAUGCUUAAAUUCUUUAUUUUAUCUUUUAUGUUAUGUUUAACCCUAUUUUCAAUAUUUCUAUAUAUAUAUAUAUAUAUAUAUAUAUUAAUAUAUAAGGCUUUUGCAUGAAUGCUUGAAAUUAGUUUUGAAGGUAAACUGUGCCAAUAUAUACAUUUCUUUACAAAACUGAAUUCUAUUUAGUUUUUCUAAAUGUUGGAACAGAUCAAAAUCUCCUUCAAUAUGAUCUCAUGAAGCUGUUUCAUAGAAUGACCUAGAUGGAAUCUGUCACAGUUUGGUUUUUAAAUAUAUAAAGUUUAUAACAAGCUCUUACUUGCCUCUUUAUUGCAGUCAUAUCCUCUUA